AUGGAUAACCGCCUUACUACUGUGCAAAAUGAUUCAACUAACUCGCGCCGACUUGCUUGGCUAUGGUUUCAUCCUGCAGCCCAUACAGAUAUUUCCAGCCGCCUCAAUGAGGUGCUCCACCAUCAUAAGAUCCUCCAAUUAAGCCAGAUGAACACGAAUUCCAGUGAACAUAAGAGAGAGGAAGAGCUACAGUUGGAUGCAACUAGAGAAACAGAAGAAAAUGAACUAACGAAUGGGUUGACAAAUGACUUCAAUAGUUCCAUUUUACGAAUCACCGAUAGGACCGGUCGGCUAUGUCGUGUUCGUCUUCUUGGGAGACAAGCUCAUCAGCUGCUUGUUGAUAUCAUCAAGCCCUAUUUUCUCUCUCCUGCCUCUAAUCUACUCCAAGCUGGUUCCACUAUUGGAAUGCCAACCAUAACUAAAUGCUCUGGUGAUUGGUCACUCUGGCAGCAAGAGCUGUCUGACUGUCAAGAGGCGUCUUGUCUUCCUGCCGGAACGGUGAUUAGUUUGCCAGGCUGUGAUUCUUUCCUUGCUAAC